AUGGAUAUCUCAAGCCUGGAGAGCAUCAUACGAGGCUAUGGUAUCGCCAUCGACAGACGCACCCUGCAGGCAGCCCUCGACGAUCCCGAGCACGGCACCGCAUUCGCCGAAUGGGCCCGCCUUCACCUCGGCCCUGAUAACCUCUUAUCCAGAGACGAGCUGGCCCUCUAUGCAAGCCUCGACAAGUCCGGCCAAGUGGACAAGCUGGUUGCGUCGCAAGACUUGGCCGCCGUCCAAGCUCUCAGCGAGCGCCAGAUUCAGACCGCCAUUGACGAGCUCAACCGGUCCACAGCCGCGAUUGUAAAGCAAACCGAGACUCUGAAGCAGCAGCAGGACGCGCUGGCGAAGCUGGUCAAGACCAACGCCAAGGUCGAAGAGGAUCGUUCCGAUCUCGUCUUCCAGCGGAAUCAAAAACACGAUUCUGAUCGUAAGAAGAUGAUGACGUCGGUUGAAGAGUUGUCUCAAAGCCUUGAAUACAGAGCAUCAGACAUUGAGCAGCAGUCCAAGGUCUCUGGAAAUGGUCUGCAAAAGACGCUGGACAGCUUGUUGCAUUCCGACGACAAGCUCUUGCUCAGCUUGCGCAAGCUAGGCCUCGAACUCGAGACGGAAGACCCCGAGGACCGCGAAAACGUCGAAAAGCUUCGGGAGAUCUGCAUGAGAUUGAUCAAGUACACAGUUGAAACGGUGCGCACAAAGCUGGACCGCCUCUACCUUGAGGCGCUCAGCUCCGCCCACCAUAACGGCGUGGCCUCGCACCCGUCGGACGAUGUCAAAACCUCGCAGGAGGAGCUCGAGUCCCUCUACACCGAGAUCCUUCCUGUGGCCCAGAUGUCAGUCGAGCAACAAUACCUCGAACCCGCUCUCAAGUCGCUGUCCAGCAAGAACGGACAAUCUCUGCAUCGCUCGGCUGCAGCUAUUGUUUACAUUGAUGAGUGCCUGGAUUAUCUCCUCGACCACAUCGAGCGGCUCUCGGCCCGCAUCGAGGCGUUCCAGUCACACCAGGCGGCUACAACAGACCUCCUCGCUACCGCUCGCGCAGAGCUCGCCGCCCAAGUUUCAACCCCCAAGAAGAAAACUCCUGCCCAGGACCUCGUCUCCCCCGUCCGCCGCCGUAACACCGGGCCCGGAUCCCCCUCUCGCAACCGCUCCAACACGGCCCACCGCCGCCGGUCCUCCGGCCUGGACGAGCCGCCCCUCGAGACCCUCUUCCGCACCCUCGCCGUCGCAUUCCCCGAGGACGCCACGGACGGCGCCCGUCAGACGGCGGCGCUCUCGACGACUCUCGCCGAACGACAAGCCAAGGCGCGCGAUGUGGCGCGCAACACGCAGGAGGCGCUCGAGGGCGCCGCCGCGUCCCGACUCGCGGACGCCAAGCUGGCCGUGCAGCUGCUGCGGGACAGCUUGCUGGCCGAGAGCCCCUUUGGGGACGUGCGGCUCGUGGACGAGGGGAUCGAGGCUUCCAUCGCCGUGCUGGGGCAGGAGGUUGAGAAGGUCAAGGAGAGGAUCGAGAGGGUCGACGCUGGCAAGGCGAGGCAGAGGAGUGAGAGGAGGAGGGAGAUUCUCGAGCGAUGGGGCCGGUGA